ACAUCAACCAGCUGCCAGAAGAUGGCCCCCUUGCCUCUGCUGUACAAUAAAAUGAGAUAUUUCGCAAUGAGUUUUAGACGAAGGCAGAAAAUGCCCGGAUUAGAUCAUAAACAACCAUUGAUCCGCAGCGAUGGUGACACUCAAGGUUGUAUAUCAAGUGCAUUUUAGAACAUCGUGUUCAGAAUAAAAGGGUUAUGGAUUGAGCUGGAUGACCGUUCAGCUGAUUGACAACCACGAACCUUUCUUUGCCUACAGCGGGACAGUAUCUUCCAUGUGGUAUUGAAGAGGAGAGGAAAAAGCUUCUUGGUGACCUGCUAGAGGGAUUUCAAGGACCAGGAAGAGCCCCAAACAACUCCAAAUAAGGAGACCAGAACACAGGGAGACCAUAAAAACAAGGAGAUUGAGUUGGAAUAAUAGACUAUAUAUCUACACUGAUGACACAACCUUCUACUUAUAUUCUUCCAACUCCAACAAGCUGGAAAACGUAGAACAUUGGAUCCCACAUUUUAUUUCGCCAACCUAAAGAUUUUUAGAGUUUUCUGUGACCCAUAGAGUAGCCUAAACCAAAUCCAUGUUUCUAGACAGAAUCCAAUCCUAGUAAGUGGCAACCCUAAAGCAGCCAGCCACUUCCCUCCUGUGGGCCCGACCCACCUCUUGGGAACCAGUGAGUUGGUGGAGAACAACAUUGUGAGGGAGAGGAUGGGCAACAAGAGCACCAGCCCCCCUAGAGACCCAGACACUGAGACGACUCAGAGAGAGGAAGCAAACAACACGGAGGCUGCCUCAGGAAGUGGCCCCCCAGGCCCCAGCCCUGACCUGCUAGCCUCACUACAGUCUUUGGGAGAACACAGUGACCACACACUGCUGCCACAGUCUCUACACCAGAUAGCAGAGGCCUACUCCCUGGAAGAGGAAUAUCAGUGGGCAGUGCAGUUCCUGCAGUUGGAGAGGCUAUAUCAUGAGCGCCUCCUGUCCAACCUCACUGCCCUGCAGGAAGACUGGGAGAGCCGGUGUAAAAAGUGUAACAGAGCAGCGGAGAGCACCUCACCAGGUGAAACCAACAACAUUGGACAGGAACACAUAGAAAUACUGAGCCAGAUCUGCAGGACGCACCAGAGGCCAAUGCUUAGUGUGGAAAAGAGCAUGGCAGACACAGUGCUGAAAGACAACCACAACACCAAGGAGCAAUGUGAGAGGAAUGAGAGAGAAACAUCACCAUCCCACCAUGGAAAAGUCAGAGGCAGCAACCCUGUAAGACAGGGUGAGGAGGAUUUUGAGCAGACCACAUCAACAGGAGCUGACUCUGCCAUGGCUGAGAAGGAGGGAGGAGUGGAGGGGGGAGAGGGAGGAGUGGACGAGAUGGAGGCGGAAGGGCAGGAGGUGGAUGAAGAGGAGGUGUUUGAGGAGAGCCCAGAAGAGGAGGUGCAGGUGGUGGAGUGGCCAGCGGGGGUUCCCCAAGCCUCAGCCAAAGACCUGGUCAAACUUUCUCAUGUGGAGGAGAGCUCCUCACCAGAUGGCCUGGUGUCCAUUCUGAAAAGGAGGAGGGCGUCGUUAGAUGGCCUGCCCCCAGAGGGUCCCGAUGCAGCCAAACAGAACUCCAAACGCAAGGUGCGCUUCAGCGAGCCAGAGGAUGGCAUGGAACCAGACGAGGUGGGUGGAGACUCUUGUUUGAUCCUGCUGUUGUUGUGCUUAGUAACCGUGGUGAUCAGUCUGGGCGGGACUGCUCUGUACUGCACCCUAGUGGACACCUACAGUAGUAUCUGCACCGACUUCUCUCACAACGUGGACUUUUACGUGGUCCAAGUACGUCACUUCCUGGACGGGCUCAGACACUGGCUGUCCAUACGCUCAUAGUCCGCACAGUCUACUGGAGCAGUAAGGACAUACAGUCGCCUGCUGCAGCACAAUAUGGACUCAUACAGAAGCCCACCUACUGCUACAGUCUAGGGACUCUUAUGAAACCCUAGGAGGAAGACAAGCAAGAAUAUACUGUAAGACUGGUAACACUACUGGUUGGAGAGAAUGAUUUAGGUGAAGUCAGACACUGGCUCCCCAUACUGUCCAAGCCAGGGAAUAGAUUCAUACUGUAUGAACUGCUCUGAGACUGAGACAAGAGGGAGCACUUGACCCUAGUCCCAGUAUGAAUUAGAGAAGGUCAUUGAAGUUCUGGGGUAGGGUCUGAAAUAGAGACUGAACGGGCUUGUGAGCAUUGAUCUAACAGGAGGCACAGGUGCAGACAUUUCAUAUGCAGACCAAACUGUUUCCGGAACACUGCCUCCUCUUGUUUUUGACCAGAAGUUUUUAACCUCAAGAUGGACACAGCACAAAAGAGCCCCCAAAAACAUGCAAAGGAACAAAACAUAGCAUUGUAAAAUAUAUUAUAGUUGGAUUUUUUAUCAAAAAUAUGUUUAUCUGAAUUUGAAAGCCUCAUGGUAAAAUUUGGGGUACAGUAUGCAAAUAAAAAAAUACAUUUUGGGGAUUGAAAGGACACUUUUUUAUUAUCAACGUUUCUGUGUUUUUCAUGACAAGUCUUCUCGACUCCUUGACUUGUCAAAUGUAGCCUACAUGUUGUACAUUUUACAGCUGUUUUUGUACAUGGAGACAUGGGUUUAGAAUUACUCUUACAUUCCUCUGAAGGUACGCAAGGUUGUUGACCACUGCAAAUGAAAGUCAUUUGGGACGAAUGGCUCUCUGGAAUUGGCACAUUGUUAAGUCAUUUGUUGAAAACAGAGUAAUAUCAAUACAAAUAUGCAUGAAAGAUACUGUAUGUAUGGCUCUUGGUAUGACAAUAUGAACAAAGUUUAAUGUUCAUACAGCAAUGCAUUUUAAUGUAGUCAUGAUAUUUAGUACUGUACUGAUUACUCCAAUAUUUCAGGCACUUAUGUUAACUUUUUUGUGCUGGUCAAUAUUGUUAUGUACUGUAACCAUACAUUUGUCUUUUAUUCUAUGAGUCUAUUUUAAUGUAUUCAAUACAAAUCCAUUUCCUUGCCUUGGUGAAUAAACUUUGUUUGCUUUUA